AAAAACAAGGCAACAUAAAAUUUGAGUUGUACACAUUAUUAUUGACUGCGGCAGUUCAUAAAUUUUCUACAAGGUAUUUAACGUCAAAAUAGCUGAAACAAAACCUUUUCUUCACGUGUGGGAUUGUAUUGCGUUGUGAAAUUUUGAUCUUAAUAUAACACAACCACAAUGCCGCAAAAUGAAUAUAUGGAAAGGCACCGUAAACUCUACGGUCGCCGUCUUGAUUAUGAGGAACGCAAACGUAAGAAGGAAGCGCGUUUACCAAAGGAAAGAGCACGCAAAGCGCGCAAAUUACGUGGUAUUAAGGCUAAACUUUUCAAUAAGGAGCGCCGGAAUGAGAAAAUACAAAUGAAAAAGAAAAUCCAAGCGCACGAAGAGAAGAAAGUCAAGAAGCAGGAGCAACAAGUGGAAGAUGGAGCUAUACCACAUUAUUUGUUGGACCGAGGUGCUCAGUCUAGCGCUAAAGUACUAUCAAAUAUGAUUAAACAGAAGCGUAAAGAGAAAGCUGGUAAAUGGGACGUGCCAAUCCCAAAAGUGCGUGCACAAUCCGACGCAGAAGUUUUCAAAGUAUUGAAAACUGGUAAAACAAAACGUAAAGCUUGGAAACGUAUGGUUACAAAGGUGACGUUUGUUGGAGAUAAUUUCACACGUAAACCACCGAAAUUUGAACGCUUCAUACGUCCCAUGGCGUUACGCAUGAAAAAGGCACAUGUUACACAUCCAGAACUAAAAGCAACUUUUUACUUGCCCAUUAUUGGAGUAAAGAAGAAUCCUAGUUCGCCAAUGUUCACAUCGUUAGGCGUAAUAACAAAAGGUACCGUCAUAGAAGUUAACAUUUCUGAACUUGGUUUAGUUACACAGACUGGCAAGGUUGUUUGGGGCAAGUAUGCGCAAGUAACAAAUAAUCCGGAGAACGACGGUGUUAUUAAUGCAAUUUUACUUGUGUAAAUCAUAUGGGAUAGACUAAGACUUUUUUUGUGUUUAUUUAACUCAGAAUUUAUAAAUAAA